AAACAUAUCAAGAUCAUUCUGUCAGACAUAGGUUGCUACUGACGCCAUUUGAACUACAACAUUGAUUACGAAUUGAUAUUGCCUGAUACAAAUCCUGAUAUAAUUGCUAUCAUCCAUCAUUAAUAUCUAUCAUUGCUAUAUUUUUUUCAUCGCUGCUGAUUUUAAUACCACUAAUUGAUAAUUGACAAUUGAUAAUUGAUAUUGCUAUUGAUAUCGAUUAUAUUGACAUUACAAUUCCAUUGAUAUUCCUUCUUGAAACUAUCAGUUGUCGACAUAGUCAUAUUCAUCAGAUAUAAGUUAAAUUAGUUAUAGUAAUAUUCUGGAUAUUGAUAUCUCAUAGCUGAUUGCUCAUUGACUCCGAACUCAUAACUACCAUUGCUGUCAACUUCUGUUACAAAAUCUUAUCACCGAUAGCCGUCACCUAUAGAUCUAUAAUGUCCUCCCAGUUCACGGACGAGUUGACCCAGUUGCAGAAGGACAUCAACACUCAAAAGCCGGCCGAUGUCUUGCAGUUCUGUGCCAACUACUUCAACAACAAGUUGCAAGCACAGAGAUCUCAGUUGUGGAACCAGCAGGGCAAGGCCAACGCUGCUGGCAUCAACUUGUUCCCAAAUGUAGAUGUUCUGAAUCCGUAUGUUAACGACAGACAGCCCUCGUUCAAGUCUCCCUUCAGCGUCAACGAUCCCCAUCUGAUCCACGACGACGAUCCACACAGUGGCCCAGCACCUGCUGAUUCUACUUCUGCCUCUUCUGCUGGAGGAAUCUUCAAAAACGACUUCAAUGUGAAAACUCCCGCUUCGUCCAAAGCAGACCCUACUUUGGAUCCCAACGAUCCGUCAGCUGCUGCUGCUGCCUCUGGCUCCGGAAACGGAAAAGGUCCGUUUUCCAAGCUCCUGUCGAAGAUCCCAAUUGCCUUCAAUGCCAACAGAAGAACAUCUGUUUCUGCUGAAGCAUUAAACCCUGACAAGUUUAAGUCAGACUCGUGGAGACCGCCCAUCAACAACUUGACAUCGUCGCAAAAAGCAGCCUUGUCGAAAAACCUUGCUUCUAACUUCCUUUUCAAGCAGUUGGACGACGCGUCCAAGAAGACAGUUAUAGAAGCAUUGUCCAACAAGACCUUCUCUAAAGACACUGAGAUCAUCACUCAAGGUGAUGAGGGAGACUUUUUCUACGUCAUUGAAUCAGGUACUGUAGACUUCUACGUUAAUGGUGCUAAAGUUAGCUCAAGCAACGAAGGCUCUUCCUUUGGUGAAUUGGCCUUGAUGUACAACUCCCCCAGGGCUGCCACAGCAACCGCUGCUACCGAUGUCACAUGCUGGGCGUUAGACAGAGCCACUUUCCGUAGAAUCUUGUUGGAAGGAACAUUCAACAGACGUCUUAUGUACGAAGACUUCUUAAAGGACGUAGAUGUGCUCAAAUCUCUCCUGGCUCACGAAAGAUCGAAAUUGGCAGAUGCUUUAAGCACUGAGAUUUACCAUAAAGGAGACAAGAUCGUCACUGAAGGUGAACAGGGAGAGAACUUCUAUCUCAUUGAGAGUGGAAACUGCCAGGUGUACAAGGAAAAAGAGGGUAACAUCAAGCAGUUGACCAAAGGAGACUACUUCGGAGAGGUUGCCUUAUUGAACGACUUGCCUAGACAGGCUACUGUUGAAGCCUUGGAUACUGUCAUUGUAGCUACUUUGGGUAAGUCAGGUUUCCAGAGAUUGUUGGGUCCAGCCGUAGAAGUAUUGAGACUCCAGGAUCCAACCAAGGCACACUGA